AUGGGAAAGCAUAGGUUAACGGUUUAUAUAGAAGUAUUAAAUGAAAUGGUAAAUACUUGUAACAAGUAUACUAUAUGUAGAGCAUGUAAGACAAGAGUAUCCCGUGAAUAUGCCUAUGCAAAUAAAAUAGUAAAUACAAAAAGAUGUGUUAAACGACAUCUUCAAAAAUGUGAGAAUUUUUUUGCAAUUCAAGGUAAAGAAAAAGGUGAUGAAAUACUAAAUAAUACAGAUAGUGAGACUACUAAAGAACGUCAGAAAGCAAGUUUGAAAAAUAAAAAAAGACCUC